GCCGGAGCCCGCGCAGCGCAGCGUACCCGCACCCGCACCCGCACCUCUCGGCGCCAGCGCCCGGGAGCCGCCCCUCUCCGGUGAAGACUGAUGUUAGGAGUUGAAGGUGAGCUUGAAAAGGUACACCGCAACUAUACAAUGGGCACCGGUUACAUCCUGAAGUGCCGUCAGCUAUAACCAAAGUUCCUGAUCCCAAGACCACAGACAAAAGUUCCCGAUCCCUAGAACUGAAGACCAUGGAGCUCUCUGACAGUGACCGACCUGUCAGCUUUGGCUCCACCUCAUCCUCAGCCUCUUCCAGGGACAGUCAUGGUUCCUUCGGCAGCAGAAUGACCUUGGUUUCAAAUAGCCACUUGGGCUUGUUUCACCAGGAUAAGGAAGCAGGGGCCAUCAAACUGGAGCUGGUUCCAGCCCGGCCUUUUUCCAACAGUGAGCUGCAGAGGGACAACCCUACUGGACCACAGACCAUGGAUGAGGGCACUGAGCAGCAGUCCAGGGCUCCAUGGAGAGUGGAUGUGAGUGGCACUCCCAAAACAACCGAGGACUUGGCCACCAGUCCCAAGCUCCUCUAUGUGGAUAGAGUUGUGCAGGAAAUUCUGGAGACCGAAAGGACUUACGUACAAGAUUUAAAAAGCAUCGUGGAGGAUUACCUUGACUGCAUCAGGGACCAAACAAAACUUCCCCUGGGAACUGAAGACAGAUCCGCCCUUUUUGGAAACAUACAGGAUAUCUACCACUUCAAUAGUGAACUUCUACAAGAUUUGGAAAACUGUGACAAUGAUCCUGUGGCCAUAGCAGAAUGCUUUGUGUCAAAGAGUGAAGAGUUCCAUAUUUACACCCAGUAUUGCACUAACUACCCAAGGUCGGUGGCAGUGCUCACUGAGUGCAUGAGGAACAAGAUGCUGGUCAAAUUCUUCCGGGAGCGCCAGGAAGCGCUGAGGCACUCGCUGCCCCUGGGGUCCUACCUCCUGAAGCCAGUGCAACGGAUCCUCAAGUACCACCUCCUUCUGCAUGAAAUAGAGAAUCACCUGGACAAGGAUACAGAAGGCUACGAUGUGGUGCUCGAUGCUAUAGACACGAUGCAGCGGGUGGCCUGGCACAUCAACGACAUGAAGCGGAAACACGAGCACGCCGUCCGCUUACAGGAGAUACAGAGCUUGCUCACCAACUGGAAGGGCCCAGACCUGACCAGCUAUGGAGAGCUGGUGCUCGAGGGAACCUUCCGUAUCCAGCGGGCCAAGAACGAGCGGACGCUCUUCCUCCUGGACAGACUGCUUCUCAUCACGAAGAAGAGAGAUGACACGUUCACGUACAAAGCUCACAUCCUGUGUGGCAACCUCAUGCUUGUGGAGGUGAUACCCAAAGAGCCACUCAGUUUCAGUGUCUUCCACUACAAGAACCCCAAGCUACAGCACACAGUGCAGGCAAAAUCCCAGCAAGACAAACGACUCUGGGUUCUGCACCUGAAGAGGCUCAUCCUGGAGAACCACGCUGCGAAGAUUCCAGCUAAGGCCAAGCAAGCAAUACUUGAAAUGGACGCCAUUCACCAUCCCGGCUUCUGCUACAGUCCUGACGGGGAGACCAAAGCAUCCUGUGGCCCUAAAGAGGGUUCAGUGCCGUAUCGGCUGAGAAGAAAAUCUGAACCUUCUUCAAGAUCACAUAAAGUUUUGAAGACUAGUGGGACAGUGCAAGACAUCCAGCAGGUUCCCAGAGAGGAGUGCUCAUCCCAGCUAGCUUCCGCAGGGCCUUCUCCUGCCCAGAGGGGUAGCCAGCCAAGCGGUUCUGCCAUCAUCAGCGUGCUUCGCCAGGGCGGUGCCAUCAGGAACAUCUGGACAGAUCACCAGAUUAGGCAGGCCUUGUUUCCUAGCCGCCGGCCCCCCCAGGAGAAUGAGGAUGACGAAGAUGACUACCAGAUGUUCGUGCCAUCCUUUUCCUCCUCAGAUCUGAGCCCUGCCGGGCUGUGUGAAGAGAGCACCUCAAGUCGCCCUUGCAGCUGGCAUCUGGGAGAGAUUGAGUGCACAGGGACCUCCCGCUCUGGUCACAGGACUGUCCGGCGGGCCAGCAGUGCUGGUGAGAGCAACAUGUGUCCUCCUGAAACAAGAAUUAGGGACAAUGAUGGCUCCCAAUACAGCCCCCGGAGAGAGCUGCAGAAUGGUCCUCAAAUGGAAGGACAGGAAGGACUGACUCCCUUUGGGUCAUCAAUAGAACUGACGAUCGAUGACAUAGACCACGUCUAUGAUAACAUAAGUUAUGAGGAUGUCAGGCUAAUGGUUGCUAAGCGUGAAGAGGCUGGAUCCACUCCCCCCAAAUCAGCCAGGGACUCUGUUCGCCCUAAGAGCACCCCAGAGUUAGCCUUCUCAAAGAGGCAAGCUGGCCACAGUACAAAUUCUCUACGCCCCCGAAGAGAUGGAGCCCUCGUUGGCCAAGAGUUACCCAACCAAAGCACAGGUGAGCUCCAGGCCGAGGAGAACAUCUAUGACACCAUUGGGCUCCCUGACCCACCAUCCCUGGGGUUCAAGUGCAACAGCCUAAAGCAGCCCAAGAGGGGCACCUUCCUGGGCCUGGAAACUGACUUCACAUGCUGUGACAGCCUCAGGCCCUUUGUCUCCCAGGACAGCCUCCAGUUCAGUGAGGACGACACCCCUUGCCAUCAGGGGUCCUCUGAUAACGACUACUUGAGUUUGCUAUACGACUCUCCAAGCUGUAACUUGUCCAUAGCGGAUAAGGCUCUGUCUGAUAAACUGUCUGAAGAGGUAGAUGAAAUUUGGAAUGAUCUAGAAAAUUAUAUCAAGAAAAACGAAGACAAAGCUCGAGAUCGGCUUCUCGCAGCAUUUCCUGUUAGCAAAGAUGACGUGCAAGACAGAAUGCAUGCUGACAAUGCCCCUGAGCCAAGCAGAAAUGCAGGGCAUUCCACGUCUACGCUGUCCCUUCCUGAGAGCCAGGCUUUCCUCACGCCUAUGAAAAGCAGGGUGGUCAGAGCCAGUCAAGCCAACGUGUCUCUGGAGGAAGACCUGAUUUCUGCAGAAGGCUCCUUCGUGAGUCUGAACCGACUCUCUCUGGCCAGCGAGUUGCCUCCCUUGGACAGUCCCUAUGACCUGACCAGCAGCAGUCUGCCCCAAACAGACCCAGACAACCCUGACCCAGGGAUGGAUGUCACAGAUAGAACAAGGAGCAGAGUCUUCAUGAUGGCGAGGCAAUACAGCCAAAAGAUCAAGAAGGCAAAUCAACUUCUAAAAGUAAGAAGUCCAGAGUUGGAGCAGCCGCUGGCCACUCAGCACCACAAACCUGUGCACAAAGACCUGGCAGCCAUCCUGGAAGAGAAGAAGCAAGGAGGGCCUGCCAUUGGUGCCAGGAUUGCUGAGUAUUCCCAACUGUAUGACCAGAUUGUGUUCAGGGAAACACCCCUUAAGAUUCAGAAGGAUGGCUGGGCUAGCACACAACAACCCACCCUGCUCAGGGCUGCGUCACCUUCCCAGAUCCAACAUGGUGGUGAGGACUGGCUUUGGCAUUCAACCUACAGCAAUGGCGAGUUAGCAGAUUUCUGUCCCCGGCCCGAGCAAGACUUGAGGUCAAACUAUGCCACCUUAGAGAUGAGUGCAAAAAGAACUCCAAGACAAUUGUCUGCAGCUUGCUCUGUCCCUUCUCUUCAGGUCUCUGACCCGCUGCUGGGCUCCAUGCAGAGAUGCAGUGUGGUUGUGAAUCAGCCCCACAAAGAGAAUUCCUACCAGGGCCAUCUUUACAACUCGCUGGGUCGGAAAGGACUCGGUGCUAAACCUCAGCCUUAUAACAGGUCCCAGUCAUCUUCAUCAAUCUUGAUCAACAAAUCGUUGGACUCCAUCAACUACCCCAGUGACAUGGGCAAGAAGCAGCUGCUGUCUUUAAACAAAAAUUCCAGGUCUGAGAGCCACCAGGUUUUGCUGCCAGGUCUGGCUAACUCAUGCCAGCAGGGCACCAAAAAAUGCUCUGACCUCACCCUCCAAGACUCACAGAAAGUUCUGGUUGUAAAUAGAAAUUUACCCUUAAACGCCCAAACAGCAACACAGAACUAUUUUUCCAAUUUCAAAGAGACCGAAGGAGAUGAAGAUGACUAUGUGGAAAUAAAGUCAGAAGAAGAUGAGGUAGAGCUGGAGCUCUCCCAGAGCCGUGAAAGAAAAUCUCUCUCAAAGAUGACAGAUGCUGACUUCUCAGACAGCAUCUGCAGCAGCAGCACGCCUUGCUCUUUGAAUACUCAAUGCACUCCAAAAAAGCCAGUGAACAGCAAAGUUGGGCUCUCACCUUACUUGACAGCCUAUGAUUCUGACAAGCUGAAUGACUAUCUUUGGAGGGGGCCAUCACCCAAUCAACAAAAUAUUGUCCAGUCUCUAAGGGAAAAAUUUCAGUGUCUUAGUUCAAGCAGCUUUGCCUGAUCUUCUGAAGAGCUGCCUGAAUUCACUUAUAAAUUACAGAUACUGAUGAGGUGUUUUCUAUGUACCCACAUUAAAGCAAUUUUGUAAUAACCAGAGUUGUAAAAUAUACUUUCUUUUACAGCAAGUGUCAGGAUCUAACAGUAUCUUUUCUGGUGCCAAUUGUCCUCAUGUUUUAUGUGAGUCAAUCUUACUUGAA